GAUAAAAUGGUUAUUUUGCUUUCUGAUUUGACAAUGAGCGAGAUGAAAAUUUUGCCAAAAGAUGUCCAAUUAUGUGCUGAAAUAGCAACCGGAGUUGAAAGAAUGGGUCAAUAUCAAUAUCAGGAUUUGGUUAUGCUUGAUAAGGAAACUGUUGGUGUUAUUGUUAGACUUGAAAGAGAACAUGUUGAAGUUUUGAAUAUGCAUGGAAAGGUUGUUCGAAUUAAUCCACAAACAAUUGAUUGUAAACGUGAAUCACGUUUUAUGAAAGCUUUGGAUUCACAAAAAAAUACUAUACAAGUUGGAGAUAUGGUUAAAGUUGUUGAUGGACCUUUUGCGCCAAGAAAGGAAUCUGAUGAAGAAAAACAAGGAGAACUUAAACAUUUAUAUCGUAACUGGGCAUUUGUUUAUUCACGUAAACAUUCAAUAAAUGGAGGAAUAUUUGUAUGCAAAGCCAAACAACUUCAAUUAAUCGGAGGAGCAAAAGCUUUGGAUUCUAUGCCAACUUCUGCUAUGGAUACUGCUGAUUUAUUAAAAAGUCCACAUCCUUUAGAAAGUCCCAGGCCAUUUGCGGGUGGAGGCGGAGGAGGUGGUGGAGGAUUUACGCCUGGACAUACUAGUGUGUCUGGUGGUGGAUCUGUUCGUGGUGGAGAUCAAGGAGGAGGGUUUAAUCGAGCAAAUAGUCAUAGCGGAGGAAGUGUUGCAACCGGAUCCAUUUUCACCGGAGCAGGUCGACAAACUGUCCGCAGAAAUAUGCAAAUUAUUGGUAAAACAGUUCGAGUUCGUUCAGGGCCAAUGAAAGGAUAUAUUGGUAUAGUAAAAGACGCUACUGAUUCAACAGUUAAAGUUGAGCUUCACACAAUGCCAAAGACAGUAAAUUUCAACAUCGACAAAGUUAUGGAAGUUGGUGGGGAUGUGCCAAGUGGUGUUAUGGAUGUUGGAGGAGCUGCGACCCCUGGGGCUGCUGGUGCUUUUGGCAGAACUCCAAUGUAUGGAGGAGCCCAAACGCCCAUGUAUGGUGGAGCAGCUACACCAAUGCAUGAUUCUUAUGGUUCCCGAACUCCACAUUAUGGAUCAUCCACACCAGCUUACGAUGGUAGCCGAACACCUCGUCAAUCUAGUGCUUCAUGGGAUCCAACAGUUUCGAACACUCCUGCGCACUCAUCGGCCCACUUUGAUGAUGACGAAUUUGGCACAAGUGGAUUUGGUACAGGUGGAUUUGGUGGAGCUGCAACACCUGCUGGUUCUUCAGGCGGAGGGAAUCGAAUGACUCCUCGGAAUGAUACGUUUAAUGAAUAUGCUUCUUCACAGACUUCAUCUCCACACCCUUCAAGAACGCCAGUUGGAGCAUCUCCCGCUGGACCUCAGGAAAUUCCUGAUCAUGAAUUAAAGAGUGGUUCUUGGUGUGGGGUUGAAAUGUGCGUUAAUGUUAGGAGGACAUUUUCUGAUGAAAGUUUCUUUGGACUUGAAGGGGCUAUUAGAACAGUAAAGAAUGACCACUGUCUUUGUUACUUUGCUGGAUUAAACGAUGAUGACCAUGCUAUAGGCUUUGAGUUUUUACUUCCUGUUAAACCUGCUGAAGGAGACACGGCAAGAGUAAUUUACGGAAACCAUAAAGGAACUGAAGGAACAAUGAUUUCUGUUGAGGGAGAUGAAGGAGUUAUGCAAAGCACGGGAGGUGUUAGAUUGUUUCCUUUACCUAUUUUAUGUAAAAUGUAUUGA